AUGGUGAGCAUCACGCAGCCAUCGGCCGAGUAUGGUUGGUUGUUCACGGGCCCGUCUCUGGUGUUCCUCUGCCUCGUUUGGGCUCUUCUAUGGUUCCUCCUUGUUGGAGGCCCUGCACGCCUAUACCAGGGCGCCCUGUCGACGGCAAAGAGACUCGGAAGUGUAAAGGACUUGGGCUGGGUUGCUGGCUCCACGUCCGCAGAAGAGCCUCUCGACGACAGGUCUUUCUAUCUGAGGAAAUUGCGACGAAUGCAAGUUUACUGCGUCGCCGCCGCGUUGGCAGGUGUGGUCCUUUUGGCCCCCAGCUUUGCUGCAGCGGACCAUAUGUUUGAGCUCCUGGUGAACUACGGCCCCGCUCACCAGGUCCUGUUCUGCAUGGCCGUGGCCCACUGGGCAAUCAACAUUUGGGAGGACUGCGAGACCCGUAAUUUUCUCGGCCAGGGUCUGACGCAGGAAGGCGGCGACGGGAUGGCCCUGUUCCCAUUGAACCUGUGCUGCACACCAAACACAGUCAUGCUCGUUAUCGGAUAUGGAUGA